AUGAAAUUCAUCGUCUUUCUCUCGCUGGUCGGAGCUGCCCUGGCGGCACCUACGGCCACCGUUAAGAACCGCCAGCUGGGAAGUCUUGGCAGCCUGUCUUCCCUGAUACCGAGUGCAGGAUCAGGCUCGAGCGGCUCUCCCACGGAUGCUCUUGGCAGCCUGUCUUCCCUGAUACCGAGUGCAGGAUCAGGCUCGAGCGGCUCUCCCGCGGAUGCUCUUGGCAGCCUGUCUUCCCUCAUCCCCGGUGCAGGAUCAGGCUCGAGCGGCUCUCCCGCGGAUGCUCUGGGCAGCCUGUCUUCCCUCAUCCCCGGUGCAGGAUCAGGCUCGAGCGGCUCUCCCACGGAUGCUCUUGGUAGUCUGAUCCCCGGUCUGGGAUCGGGAUCCAUCCCUGGUCUCAAUGGCCUUGACGGCCUUAAUGACAUUGCCGACCUUGGCGAACUUUUUGGCAAAGUGAAGCCCUCUGGCCUCGUUAUCCUCGGAGUGAUAGCGAUGCAAGAGUCGUCUUGCAACGCCAACGCAGGCGGACCGACGCCCGGCAUGAUUCAGGUGUCGUGCGAGAACUAUCCGAAUGGACAGUACACGGACUCGAUCCAAGACAACUUCGAUGUGGGGACGAAUUACCUUAUGUCACAGCUGGUCUCGACGGGCGAGAGUGCGAUCUAG